UUAAUGAGUGACUUCUGAGACUUGGGAUACAGCAAGGCAUUUGCAGAAGUAAUUAAGGAGAGAAACGAAGAAGGAGAAGUUGCAGGCCCAUUCAGGCAACGAUUGAAGCAGAGAGAGCCUGCAGUGACCAAUCACACAUAUUUUUAGAUGGUGGCGGAGCUGGAUCUGCUAACCACCUGCACUUGUUAAUCCACAUGGCUCAUCUUGCAACCAACAACACACAGGGUCACUCUUAUGAUGAGAAUAAUGAUGAUGCCCAGAAAACUGUAUUUGAUUUGGGUGCAUUUGUUGGAGACUUGACUGUUGAGGAGGAUGCUAGCAGUGAUGACAUAUCGUUGGAAGGACUGCAACAAGAAUUAGAAGAAUGUAAACAAGAUGACGUAGUUGCAAAUAUAUUGUCUAAGGGUACGAAACUACGGGACUAUACAAAGGGGGUUGAGAACAACAUACGACAAGUUGAACUAGACUCGAUCCAGGAUUAUAUUAAAGAAAGUGAUAAUCUAGUAUCUCUUCAUGAUCAAAUUCGUGAUUGUGACAGCAUAUUGUCACAGAUGGAAACUCUUCUCAGUGGAUUUCAGGCAGAGAUAGGUUCAAUAAGUUCUGACAUCAAAGUUCUCCAGGAGAAGUCUAUGGAUAUGGGUUUAAAGUUGAAGAAUCGCAAGGUGGCAGAGUCAAAAUUGGCAAAAUUUGUUGAAGACAUUAUAGUCCCUCCAAGGAUGGUAGAUAUAAUUGUUGAUGGCGAGGUGAAUGAUGAAUAUAUGAGAACUCUAGAGAUUCUUAGCAAGAAGCUGAAGUUUGUUGAAGUGGAUCUUAUGGUUAAAACUGCCAAAGCUCUAAAAGAUGUUCAGCCUGAGCUUGAAAAACUUAGACAAAAAGCAGUUUCCAAGGUGUUUGACUUCAUUGUUCAGAAGCUUUAUGCAUUGAGAAAACCAAAAACAAAUAUCCAGAUCCUUCAACAGAAUGUUCUCUUAAAGUACAAGUAUGUUAUUUCGUUCCUCAAGGAACACGGAAAGGAGGUAUACAUUGAGGUUCGUGGAGCAUACAUCGACACAAUGAACAAGGUUCUAAGUGCACAUUUCCGUGCUUAUAUUCAGGCACUUGAGAAACUACAGUUGGAUAUUGCCACAUCUAGUGACUUAAUUGGUGUGGAGACGAGAAAUACAAGUCUAUUUUCAAGAGGAAGGGAACCACUGAAGAACCGGUCGGCUGUUUUUGCUCUUGGAGAGAGGAUUAAAAUUUUGAAGGAAAUUGAAGAACCUGCAUUAAUUCCACAUAUAGCUGAAGCCAGCUCUAUCAAGUAUCCGUAUGAGGUGCUCUUCAGGAGCUUGCACAAGCUGCUUAUGGACACUGCUACUUCUGAGUACCAUUUCUGCGAUGAUUUCUUUUGCGAAGAAUCCAUAUUUUAUGAAAUUUUUGCAGGUCCAUUUGCUGUAAUUGAUGAACACUUCAAUUCAAUACUUCCAAAUUGUUAUGAUGCUAUUGGUGUAAUGCUUAUGAUCCGCAUUAUACACCAGCACCAGCUCAUCAUGUCUCGGCGGCGUAUCCCAUGCUUGGAUUCAUACUUAGACAAGGUCAAUAUCGCCCUUUGGCCUCGUUUUAAGAUGGUGUUUGACCUGCAUCUCAACAGCCUGCGCAAUGCGAAUGUGAAGACAUUGUGGGAAGAUGAUGUUCAUCCUCACUAUGUCAUGAGGCGAUAUGCUGAAUUCACAGCUUCACUUAUCCACCUCAAUGUUGAAUAUGGAGAUGGGCAGCUUGAAUUGAAUUUGGAAAGACUGAGAAUGGCUGUUGAUGACUUGCUUAUCAAGCUUGCUAAAGCAUUUCCAAGACCAAAACUGCAAACUGUGUUUCUGAUAAACAACUACGAUAUGACUAUUGCAGUGCUGAAGGAAGCUGGUCCAGAAGGUGGUAAAAUUCAAAUCCACUUUGAGGAACUGCUGAAAAGCAACACAGCAUUAUUUGUGGAAGAACUAUUACUAGAGCAUUUUAGUGAUUUAAUCAAGUUUGUCAAAACCCGGGCUUCGGAGGACCCGGGUGCUAAUGUUGAGAAUCCUGUAACUGGCACGGAGGUUGAGCCACUAGUGAAGGACUUUGCAAGUAGAUGGAAAGCUGCAAUUGAGCUGAUGCACAAGGAUGUCAUAACUUCUUUCAGCAACUUCUUGUGUGGUAUGGAAAUCUUGAGGGCUGCAUUGACUCAGUUACUGCUUUAUUAUACUAGGCUCUCCGAUUGCAUAAAGAGGAUUGUCGGUGGGUCUACUCUUAACAAGGAUCUGGUGUCCAUAUCCUCAAUCAUGUAUGAAAUUAAGAAAUACUCGAGGACUUUCUAAGUUUGGGUGCAUAUGGGUAACUUGGGCUUGCAGUUGAGCAUAGGAGAUGCAUGGAGAUGAAAUUUUAAGGUGCUCAAAUUGUCCUUUUAUGAGAUGAGAAAUGCUAUUCCACAUUAUAAAUCACUUUUGCUUGCAGAGAAUACAAUGAAA